UAACUCGUCAUAACAUGGCCAUGUCACUACGGUAAAUCGACUUCAUCCAUUUUUUAAAAACGCAAAUAGUUAGGUACAAACUCCGACAAAUUCAAAAACAGUUUUAACACCUAGCAGAGUAGAUUUAGUUGAAAGAACGGCUCGACGGGUUUCCAUCAACCAUCCCCCGCGGAGAGCUCACUUUUGACGGCUGGAAGCUUCCACGGAAGAACACAAACCAGCUAAUAGAAGGAAAUGGAAGUGGACUGCCAGCCCGAGGACCCUAUGGUGUCCGCCUUCGAAGACGACUGCAUAGAGCUGUGCGACGUCAAGGAUAUGAGACUGGAGGCGGACGCCGUCGUCAACGACGUCCUUUUCGCGGUGGCCCAAAUGCACGUGUCUCAAAACCUCAACAAUUCACCAGACGUGGCUUAUAUCAACGUGGAGACCAGGGAGGGCAACCGCUAUUGCCUGGAGCUCACAGAAGCAGGGCUGAGGGUGGUGGGCUACGCUUUCAACAAAAUGGACGAGGACCUGAGCACUCAGUACCACGAGACCGUUUAUUCGCUUCUGGACACGCUGAGUCCAGGCUACAGGGAGGCCUUCGGGAACGCUCUGCUGCAGCGGCUGGAAAGCCUCAAGCAAAACGGGCAGUGACAACAGAGCCGGCCUUUUGCGACGAGCUGAUAAAUACGAGCGAAAAAGAUGGAAGACAGAAUGUCCACCUGGCGGUAUAACAAGGGGGACCUUCCCUAUCGAGUUUGGUUUGCUCCUUAUCAUGCAGUGACUUCAUGUUAGCUCAUUCCUGACUGGCUGCUUGGGCUCACUUGCAACAUUCUGCUGUUGAUUGACCUUUAAAAGUGUGAGAACGUAUUCCAACUCCACCCAGUGCACAACAAUUCACCAUCUUUUAUACUCGUUUGCGAUGCAAAUUCGGACCGCCGCUGUGACCCGACGACCGCUAUCUGUUCAACUUCCCCAAAAAUAGUUCAAGGGCCAAAGCUGAAUUUCCUUCCUUGCUCCACAGAUAUUUUUGCCUUAACGAUGGUUCGGUUAGAGAAGUACAGCAUACCUCUAUCGCUUUUAUUUACAGAGAUAGAAAAGGUAUGUCAAGAUGUAACAAAGCUAUUCUUGUGUUAUGCCGUUACUCUCCACUCGCAGGGAUGUCAAAAUCAUUUUUGUUGCAGUUAUGGAUACCGUCUGGGAGCUAUGACAUGUUAUUACAUGGAAUAGAGAGCAGAAAGAUGGAUAACUAGUUAUUAAAUCAAUAGUCAAGGGUAAUAGUUUGUUUCAACUAUUGUGCAAGUGAUAUGGAAAGUCUUUUUCUGACACUAAAUAAUGACACAAUCUUGUCUUUGUGAGUUUAGCUACAAAAAAACUCUUUGGAAAAAGCAGAAAAGCUACAAGUUGUCACCCCUGACUGACGGCCCAAGCAAAAAUGCAGCUUCAUUUUACAAAAGGGAAAUAAUAAUUCUCCCUCAUUCUCACAGAAUUUGCUUGGUGCAGCUGCACUCAAACUUAUCUUUAUGGGAAUGGUUGCAUGCUUUGAAAAUCCAGAGUAGUCAAAACAAGGGCACAGCAAUAGUCUGCUAAGAGCUAUCGAACAACAAAACAGACAAAUGUUAUGUAAAAGUAAUAUUUGACAUUUCUGGGAAAAAAAAAUCCCAAAUCAUAAGUUGUAAAAAUUAGUUU